AAGGUCCAUAUUAUAUGUAAAAAUUGUUAUAUUGACGAGAAACGACAUUCCUUUCACAACAAUAUCCGGUUUCAUAAGGUAUAAAAGCAAGGUGCAGAUUUAGUUGACCAUAUCUUACGGAAGUCAUUCUUACGUAAACAUUGGAACUGAAACAGAAAGACGUUCUGGCAAAAUGUCAAUCAAAACUACAUGUGGUUUAUUUGUUGUCUGCUGCAUUGCUCAGACAUUGUCAAUGGUACUUCCCGGAGGUGGAGGAAUGUACGGGGGAUAUGGUGGCUGUGCAGAAACAAUAACAUCAGAACAUAUAGCGGCUGCUAACUUUGCCCUGUCAAGCAACGGCAUUGGAAUUACACUGGAUAGCAUUUUAUGCGUCAAGGAGCAGAUUGUGGAUGGAAUCAAUUAUGACAUGAAACUCAGAGUAAAUGUAGGACAUACAUGCAAGGAAACAUGCGAUAUUGUUGUUUAUCGUGGUCCAUUCAGCCAACAACCUAUGCCGAUGUCAGUGAGCAGUAAAACCUGUACCAGUACCUGUGCUGGCCAGUUAUAAAUACAAUCUCAACAUAAUUAUAAUCCCGGAUUAAUUAGAGAUUGAACAGUUUACUCACAUGUGUAUGAAUGAUUUUUUUGUGUGAUUGAUUAAAAAAGACUUAAACCUAGCUACUUUGAAACAUGAUGCUUCUUGUUUACUGUGUGAUGUCAUGAUGUAACAAAUGAGUGUUUUCUACACAAUAAUAAAAGAGCGUUAUUUUCACGUUGUGACGUCAUCUUAGUCGACAAAGAUGACAGUUUUUGCAACUCUAGUGAUAACUUACACAUGACUCUGAUGUUUGUAUUCUUAGUUUCUCUUUAUCCAAUAUAAAAAAUGUAUUUCUAGUUUUCGACGCUAUUAAUUUAACGUUGUUUACCAAACAGUACGUGUACGUGUUUGUAAGAACCUUAAAUUUAAACUGAUAUUCUACUAGAUUCUACCUUUUUUGUUAAUAAAUUUCAAGUAUAAAUUUA